GAUUAUAUUGUGUACAUGGGUUCACUUCCUCAAGAUGAUUAUUUUUCACCUAUAUUUCACCAUCUCAGUAUUCUUCAAGAAGUUCUUCAAGCUAGUACCACAGCUGAUUUCCUAGUCAGAAGCUAUUAUAGGAGUUUUAAUGGAUUCGCAGCCAAACUAACUGAUGAGGAGCGAAGAAAGCUUGCCGGCAUGGACAGAGUAGUUUCUGUUUUCCCUAGCAGAGCGCUCCAACUUCAUACAACAAGAUCUUGGGACUUCAUGGGGUUCACUGAUGCCGUGAAACGAAAUCCCAUAGUCGAAAGUGAUGUAAUUGUUGGGGUUUUUGACAGUGGAAUCUGGCCCGAGUCUGAGAGUUUCAACGAUGAAGGUUUCGGUCCUCCCCCUGUGAAAUGGAAGGGUACUUGCAGAGGUGGCAAGAAUUUCACUUGCAACAAUAAGAUAAUUGGAGCUCAAUAUUUCCCACCUGAUGAAGCCAAUUCUGCAAGGGACUUUGACGGUCACGGUAGUCACACUGCUUCAACUGCGGCCGGGAAUAAAGUAGCAGAUGUGAGCUUUUAUGGACUGGCACAAGGAAAUGCAAGAGGAGGGGUUCCAUCAGCAAGGAUUGCUGCGUAUAAGGUCUGUUCUGAUGGGGCAAGUUGCUCGGAUGUUGACAUUCUCAGCGCGUUUGAUCAGGCCAUUGCUGAUGGGGUGGACAUCAUUAGUAUCUCUCUAGGGGCAAAUUCUGCAAGAGACUUUGCCGAGGAUAGCAUUGCCAUUGGUGCUUUUCAUGCCAUGGUGAAAGGUAUUCUCACCGUGAAUUCUGCUGGAAACAGUGGUCCUACUCCAUCGACUGUAUCAAGUGUUGCUCCGUGGAUGCUCUCUGUAGCAGCCAGCACCACAGAUCGCCAGAUUAUCGAUAGGGUCAUUCUUGGGAAUGGAACAGUUUUGGUUGGCAACUCCAUAAAUUCUUUCACCCUUGAUGGAACAAAAUUUCCUCUUAUUAAUGGAGUCCAAAUAUAUAACUGCACUGAGGCCUCACUGUUGCAUAUGAUCAGGAAUUGCUGUGAUGGUUGUCUGGACAGCGAAUUAGCGAGGGGAAAGAUCGUGGUAUGUCUCCAGCCAGAGGACACAAGUGAAGCUCUUAGAGCUGGUGCCAUGGGGUCAAUUGUGAGAAACAUUGAAAAUAAUGUGGUUCCCUUCCCAACAUCCGGUUUAAGCUACCAGGACUUCCUUUCAUUGGACACCUACAUGAUUUCAACAGAAAAUCCACAAGCCACCAUAUUGAGCAGUGAAGUGAUAACAGAUGCUGCUGCUCCUACUGUCGAUUCCUUCUCCUCGCGUGGGCCGAACAACAUUGCACCAGAGAUUUUGAAGCCAGAUAUAAGUGCUCCAGGAGUAGAUAUCUUGGCAGCAUUUUCGCCACUUGCUUCACCCUCUGGAACCUCUGAAGAUAAAAGGUCUGUGAAAUAUAGCAUAUUGUCUGGGACCUCCAUGUCUUGCCCUCAUGCUACCGGUGCAGCGGCUUAUGUUAAAACUUUUCACCCGGAUUGGUCUCCUUCCGCCAUUAAAUCUGCUCUCAUGACCACUGCUUCCGCGAUGGAUGCAAGUAGACAUCCUUCUCACGAGUUUGCUUAUGGCGCUGGUCAUAUCAAUCCAGGGUCAGCCGUCCAUCCCGGUCUAGUCUACGAAGCCUUUGAAGAUGAUUAUGUUUCAAUGCUAUGCAGUAUGGGUUAUGACUCGAAGAAAGUUGAAGCAAUAGCAGGCUCUAGUUUUACUUGCUCUGGUGAUGUUAAUGCAUCUCCCAAGGAUCUCAACUACCCAUCAAUGGUGGUUCAUGUUGAACCUGGAAAACCUUUCACCGUUGAGCUUAAAAGGGAAGUUAAAAAUGUGGGAUUGGGUAAUAGCCGUUACGAUUCAAAAGUUGUCACCAGUGAUGAUGGUGUUAGUGUCACUGUGGAGCCUACUAGUCUCUUCUUUGAGACGUCGCGUGAGAAGAAGAGUUUUGUUGUGUCUGUGAGUGGAGGAGGAUUACCAGAAAGUUCAAUGGCGUCUGCAUCAUUGGUGUGGUUUGAUGGAGCUCACAGUGUGACCAGUCCUAUUGUUGUGUACACAAACAAAGGACCUGAUACGGAAUUUCCUAUUUGAUUAGCAUUAUUGUGACUGCAAAUUUAAUGUCUUCAAUAUAUAAGAAUAUUGUACCAUGUUUUUUUAAAAAAAAAAAAAAAAAAAAAAAGAAAAAAA